ACAUUUUCCGCUGCUCAAGAUCUGAUUGUCAAGUGCACGACCGGCCUUACCACACUAUGCGUUGCUUUAAUACUCCCAGUGAUGGAAGAUUCGCAACCAAGUCCCACAUCAAGCACAUCUGGCUCCCGUUCCCCCACCUCUUCCACAAGCUCUUUGCAUCCGCGUCAGUUCGCCCUCAUUGUGGCUAGCGUUGGUGAUUCGCAGGCCUUUCUACUCAGCAAAUUUCACGGAAUUCGUGAGUUGACUGGGUGGAUGCCCCGGAGUACUGCCAGUCCCGAUAGUUGCACUUUUCCGGAGGAUAAAACCAAAGCCUCCAGUCCACUUCCUUCAUCCCCGCCUGCAAGAGAUUUUCGCGAUUGCGGUGGUGCAUUGGGUUCCGUGUAUGCGGACAACAGCCCGGAGUUGAACAAUCUCAUAUGCGCAGUCUUGCUCAAUGGUGUCACGGUGAAACAAGGCUGUAUCAUUCAAGGCUGUGUGCUUGGCGAUCAAGUGACCACGGAGUCAGAUUGUCACUUGAAAAGCUGCGCAGUGGCAGCUUUGCAACGUGUCCCCGCCGGGACUGUGUUGGAAUCGGAACAGCUCGGCUUCACGGAUCCGGAGCUGGAAGUAACCCAAGCCUAA